AAGCUUCUUACUUAUUUAUGCAGCACUUUGAAUUGCCUCUGUGAAUAAAGAGAUUCUGUUCAAGUACAAGGUGCUUUUGAUUUGCAAGACUUGAAAUAAAAUACAAAAUUCUUUUCAAAGUGCAUCUGCAUUGAAUCAGGGUUGACAGUAAUAACAUCUCCUGUCAGUGAAACAGUAUUGCUUCAAAAGACAAAGACAAGUGGAUGAGGUCACUAUUUCCAAUUUCCUGGGUAAUCGCUGAUAGGAAGGCUACUCGGAAAACGCAGCUGCACCUUGUCAGCUUUGUCUUGUGAGGAGGAGUUUCAGGUGGUAUAAAAGAAACAGCCUGGGUGAACCGGGAUCAGCUGUGAGGAGAGGUCAUUGCUCACCUGGGGGUAAGAACAUUAACCCACCAUAAUUGAUGCUGACACAAGGAUUAAGAUAUGACGACUGAAAAUGAACUCACCAAUUAUCGUUUUUCUUGCAGCUGGAAAGACUUACGUCAGAACUUAACUGGUGAAAGAGAUGGAGUACAGAGGCAGUGUCAGACCUUUUGUCAGCUUCAAUGCCAAACACGAUGCUGAAGUCCUUCAUAAGGCUAUGAAAGGAAUAGGAACACAUGAAGAUACCGUUCUCAUGCUUCUGACAUCUCGCAGCAAUGAUCAGCGCCAGCAAAUAAAAACUGCAUACAAAAAGGCAUAUGGAAAGGACUUAGUCAGUGCUCUGAAAUCUGAGAUCAGCGGGUUGUUUGAGGAUCUGAUUGUGGCCUUGAUGAUGCCCCCAAUCUCUUAUGAUGCAACUCAGCUGCACAAGGCUAUCAAGGGGGCCGGAACUGAUGAUCAAGUGCUGAUUGAGAUCGUGGCUUCAAGGUCUGGUGAACAGAUCAAAGAGAUCAUCAAAGUUUACAAGAAAGAGUUUGGUGGCAAACUGGAGAAGGACAUCUACGGUGACACAGACGGGCACUACAGAAAACUGUUGGUGAUCCUGCUGCAGGGGAGCAGAGAGGAAGGAAUAGAUGAAGAUAAUGUUGAGAAUGAUGCCAAGGAGCUGUAUGCUGCUGGCAAGGGAAAGUUUGGCACAGAUGAAGAAAAAUUCAUCACAAUUCUUGGUAACAGGAGUGCAGAGCAUCUCCAAAGAGUGUUUGCUGCCUACAAGAAGCUCUCUGGCUGCGACAUAGAGGACAGUAUUAAAAGUGAAACUACUGGGAAUUUGGAGAAUUUACUGCUAGCUGUUGUGAAAUGUGCCAGGAGUGUUCCUGACUUUUUUGCUGAAACCCUUUACAAGUCCAUGAGGAGAGCUGGAACAGACGACGAAACUCUGACCAGAGUAAUGGUUUCGAGGAGUGAGGAGGACCUACUGGAUAUCAAAGCAAGCUUCAAAAGGAUGUAUGGAACAUCUCUUUACUCCACCAUCCAGGAAGACACAAACGGCUACUACCAGAAGACACUGCUGUACCUCUGUGGCGGCAAUGAUUAAUCCUGGUCUAUCAGGUGUCGAGCAGCAUUGAGCAAUGAGCCACUGGGGAACCAUGAGACGAGGCUGUAAACAUGAGACCAGAAUGUGGGUUCUCUCUCCAACUCCAGCUUGGUGCUUAUUGAGAUGUUGCACAUUAACAAAUCUGAAUCUGACUUUAAUCGGUUUGAGUCUGGAAUAUCCCUUGCAGCAGUUCAUUCACCUUAAAUGCACUAGUUUGAAAACAUUAAAUAACAACCACUGAUAAUAAUGAAGUUAUAAACUAGUUAAUGUUUAACAAUGUAGCAUGUUUUUGCAGUGGUGUUUGAGUGAGCUAAUAAAACUGUGUGCUGUGUUAAAUACAUCCUAAUGAUUUUUUCAAGCUUUUCAUGCAGCAGUGAUCAUAAAUGAGGAGCGGAUGCAGAAAGCUGCAGUCAGGAUGCCAUCCAUGAGCUAGUGAGCAGGAGCUGCACCAGCCAGUGGCAGCAGAGUUAUAACUAAUGUAGCUGCUCUUCUCAGUCACCAAAAAACUAAAAGGUUCAACAUUUACAGUCGAUUUUCCUGCAUGAACUUCAUUUGAUAGUUUUCAAAUCUUCACAUUUGCUCCAUUUGUUAUGUAUUCCAUUCGUUUUUUCAAAUUUGUCUUUUCAAGUGUUGUCUGUUAACUCUUUUUAUUUUGCUCACUAUUGGAUUUCAUUUUUUUUUUCAAAUUAAUUUUUUAUUGAAAAAGCACAUGAUUGUCAGGGUUGAAACGGGACACAAAUGCAGGACAGCGAAAGAGCUUCAAAAGCAAACAAGGUUUAAUCACACUUGAACUCGAAAUGACUGAAGCGAACUUACAGAACGACCCAGUGACAAGUAACAAACAGACAAGGGUUUAGAUACACAAAUGGGAAUGACAAACAGGUGAGCAGACAGGUGCCGGUGAUGACCGGUGAAGUUACCUAGUGAGACAAUGGGCGCUGAACGGAAGUAACAAAAUAAAAGCCCAAAACCGGAAGUGAGAAAACACCCACCAAAACCGCCGGCUCCUGACAAUGAGAAAUUGUACAUUGUUUUGACGAAUUACAAUGUUCUUGCUUUCUCAGUUUUUAAUGAAAAAAAUGAAAAAGAACAAAAAUAAAUAAAAAAGGAACAUGUGAGGAAGCAGGGAUUUUCAAAACAUAAAUGAUAUGACAUGAUUUCAGUGAAGUUUCAGAUAAAGUCUGAUCUUACAGACUUAACAUAUUCUGUCAUCCAGCUGUAUUUGCUGUAUUUGUAAUGAGUGUGAGAUUCUUUCCAUUAUAUAAAUUCCUUGUACCACAUCAA